AGGGACUGGCGGCCGGAACUGUAGGAGGAAGGGGCGGCGUUUCCGGUAGGGAAGAGUGGAGGAGUGGGAAAAGGAAGAGAGAAAGCGGGUGGAGUGGAAAGACGGGGGAAGGUUUUGAGUGUAACUCCCGGCUGAUUAGGGCUCGAUGUUCCUGGUGAGGCUGGGGCUGCCCCCUCGCGCGGGAGGAGAGGGGUGGAUUGACCGGAAGCUGCCAAGUGCCUCCAGCCGGCCGCUCAGCAGCCGCACCGGCGCAACACAGCUAGCUGAUCCCAAGAGGGAGCGCCACAGAAAAGCGGAAAUCACCCGGAGGGACGGGCGCCGCUGAAAUCUCGCGAGAGGGACCCCCACUUCCUUCCUCUGCUUCUCCCUCCUCUUUCCCCCGCCCCCAUCCCUUCUCCCUCCCCCUCCCCCUCCCGGGUCGAAGUGUCCCUGCGCCCCACGGGCCGGAGCAGCAGCGAGAGCAGCUUUCCCCGCUCCCUCCCCCUCGCCUCACUCACCCCCACCCCCCGCCGAGCGAGGAGGAGUCGGAGGAGAGGAAGAUGGCGGCGGCCGCCAGCGCCCGCGGUGCCGCGGGGCCGCUCCGAGGAGCCUGAGAGACCCACAGAGGCUUCGCGGGAAGACGCGGCGGCGGAGGAUGAGCCUGCAGAGCGCGCAGUAUCUCCGAAUGUCUUAACCCAUUCUACCUUGUGAGAGCUUGGAUGUUCUUGCAGAUAGUCGUUGUGGGAGAAAACGUUUCAUUUAAGUCCCAGAUGAGGACCGGAAACUUGAAAUCAGAGGAGCAUCUGAAAUCAAGUAAUAUUAGGCAGGCAGAAGUCCUGAAGGCUGACAUGACAGAUUCCAAGCUGGGUCCAGCUGAGGUCUGGACAUCCAGGCAGGCUCUGCAGGACCUGUACCAGAAAAUGCUAGUUACUGAUUUGGAAUACGCUUUAGACAAGAAAGUAGAACAGGAUCUCUGGAAUCAUGCCUUUAAGAAUCAGAUCACAACACUACAAGGCCAGGCAAAGAAUCGAGCAAACCCGAAUCGGAGUGAAGUUCAGGCAAACCUUUCUCUGUUCCUAGAGGCAGCUAGUGGCUUCUAUACUCAGUUAUUACAAGAACUGUGUACAGUGUUUAACGUAGAUUUACCAUGCCGUGUGAAGUCUUCCCAGCUGGGGAUUAUCAGCAAUAAACAGACGCACACCAGCGCCAUUGUGAAGCCACAGUCCAGCUCCUGUUCCUACAUCUGCCAGCACUGCCUCGUCCACCUCGGAGACAUUGCUCGAUACAGAAACCAGACCAGCCAGGCAGAGUCCUACUAUCGACAUGCAGCUCAGCUUGUCCCCUCUAAUGGUCAGCCUUACAAUCAGUUGGCUAUCUUAGCUUCCUCCAAAGGAGACCAUCUGACCACCAUUUUCUACUACUGCAGAAGCAUCGCUGUGAAGUUCCCUUUCCCAGCUGCCUCGACUAAUCUACAGAAAGCACUUUCUAAAGCACUGGAAAGCCGGGAUGAGGUGAAAACCAAAUGGGGUGUUUCUGACUUCAUCAAGGCCUUUAUUAAAUUCCACGGUCAUGUGUACCUGAGUAAGAGCUUGGAAAAGUUGAGCCCUCUUCGAGAGAAAUUGGAAGAACAGUUUAAGAGGCUGCUAUUCCAAAAAGCUUUCAACUCUCAGCAGUUAGUUCACGUCACUGUCAUUAACCUGUUUCAACUUCAUCACCUUCGUGACUUUAGCAACGAAACGGAACAGCAUAGUUAUAGCCAAGAUGAGCAGCUGUGUUGGACACAGUUGCUAGCCCUCUUUAUGUCUUUUCUUGGCAUCCUGUGCAAAUGUCCUCUCCAGAACAAGUCUCAGGAGGAGUCCUACAACGCCUACCCCCUCCCUGCAGUGAAGGUCUCCAUGGACUGGCUGAGGCUCAGGCCCAGGGUCUUCCAGGAGGCGGUGGUGGAUGAAAGACAGUACAUUUGGCCCUGGCUGAUUUCUCUUCUGAACAGCUUCCACCCCCAUGAAGAGGAUCUUUCAAGCACUAACGCUACACCACUUCCAGAGGAGUUUGAGUUACAAGGAUUCUUGGCUUUGAGACCUUCUUUCAGGAACUUGGAUUUUUCCAAAGGCCACCAGGGUAUCACAGGAGACAAAGAGGGCCAGCAGCGGCAGAUUCGGCAGCAGCGUUUGAUCUCCAUAGGCAAAUGGAUCGCAGACAAUCAGCCGAGGCUGAUUCAGUGUGAAAAUGAGGUAGGGAAAUUGUUAUUUAUCACAGAAAUCCCAGAGUUAAUACUGGAAGACCCCAGUGAAGCCAAAGAGAACCUCAUUCUGCAAGAAACGUCCGUGAUAGAGUCAUUAGCUGCGGACGGGAACCCGGGGCUGAAGUCAGUGCUGUCUACGGGCCGGAGUGUAAGCAGCAGCUGUGACCCAGCAGAGAAGCCCAUGGUCACCUUCAAAGAGAACAUCAAGCCACGAGAAGUGAACAGAGACCAAGGAAGAAGCUUUCCUCCCAAAGAGGUAAAGUCCCAGACAGAGUUAAGAAAGACUCCAGUGUCUGAAGCCAGGAAAACACCUGUCACUCAAACCCCAAGUCAAGCAAGUAACUCCCAGUUCAUCCCCAUCCAUCACCCUGGAGCCUUCCCCCCUCUUCCCAGCCGGCCAGGGUUCCCGCCCCCAACGUAUGUCAUCCCCCCACCUGUGGCAUUUUCUAUGGGCUCAGGUUACACCUUCCCAGCUGGUGUUUCUGUCCCAGGAACCUUUCUUCAGCCUGCAGCUCACUCUCCAGCAGGAAACCAGGUGCAAGCUGGGAAACAGUCCCACAUUCCUUACAGCCAGCAACGGCCCUCCGGACCAGGGCCAGUGAACCAGGGACCUCAACAGCCACAGCCACCUGCCCAGCAGCCCCUUACGUCUCUACCAGCUCAGCCAGCAGCCCAGUCCACAAGCCAGUUGCAGGUUCAAGCUCUCGCUCAGCAACAGCAGUCCCCUGCAAAAGCUGUGCCAGCUUUGGGGAAGAGCCCUCCUCACCACUCUGGAUUCCAGCAGUAUCAACAGGCGGAUGCCUCCAAACAGCUGUGGAAUCCCCCUCAGGUUCAAGGCCCGUUAGGGAAAAUCAUGCCUGUGAAACAGCCCUACUACCUUCAAACCCAAGACCCCAUAAAACUGUUUGAGCCGUCAUUGCAACCUCCUGUAAUGCAGCAGCAGCCUCUAGAGAAAAAGAUGAAGCCUUUUCCCAUGGAGCCAUAUAACCACAACCCCUCAGAGGUCAAGGUCCCAGAAUUCUACUGGGACUCUUCGUACAGCAUGGCCGACAACAGGGCUGUCAUGGCGCAGCCAGCGAACGUGGACCGCAGGGGCAAGCGGUCCCCAGGAGCCUUCCGUCCAGAGCAGGACCCUGCGCCCGGGAUGCCGUUCGAGGACCCCAAGGGCUCCCCUCUGCUCCCUCCGGACCUGUUAAAGAGUCUGGCUGCCUUGGAGGAGGAGGAAGAGCUGAUUUUUUCUAACCCUCCUGAUCUUUACCCAGCUCUGCUGGGGCCUCUCGCCUCCCUUCCUGGACGAAGCCUCUUUAAAUCCUUAUUGGAGAAGCCCUCAGAGCUCAUGUCACAUUCAUCCUCUUUUCUGUCCCUCACCGGAUUCUCUCUCAAUCAGGAAAGAUACCCAAAUAACAGCGUGUUCAACGAGGUGUAUGGGAAAAGCCUCACCACUAGCUCCAAAGCGGAACCGCGCCCCUCGGCGGCCCCGCAGGAAGCAUCGCUGUACUCCCUGUUUGAAGGAACCCCGUGGUCGCCGUCACUCCCGGCCAGCUCAGACCAUUCAACACCAGCCAGCCAAUCUCCUCAUUCCUCGAACCCAAGCAGCCUGCCGAGCUCCCCUCCAACACACAACCAUAAUUCUGUCCCGUUCUCCAAUUUUGGACCCAUUGGGACUCCAGAUAACAGGGACAGGAGAACUGCAGAUCGAUGGAAAACUGAUAAGCCAGCCAUGGGGGGGUUUGGCAUUGAUUACCUCUCAGCAACGUCAUCUUCUGAGAGCAGUUGGCAUCAGGCCAGCACUCCGGGUGGCUCCUGGGCAGGCCAUGGUCCCUCCAUGGAGGAUUCCUCUGCUGUGCUCAUGGAAAGCUUAAAGUCUAUCUGGUCCAGCUCCAUGAUGCAUCCUGGACCUUCCGCUCUGGAGCAGCUGUUAAUGCAGCAGAAGCAGAAGCAGCAGCGGGGACACGGCACCAUGAACCCUCCACACUGAGCCGAGGGGCAGCCCUGGGAACGAAGGCUCCAUAAACCAUGGCAUGCUGGGCGUGCAGGACCGGCCCACGCAGUCCCCUGCAGGUGGCAGCCCUCUUUUCUGUUCCUUGCUGUUGAGAGGGUGUAAGCGUCCACCAGCCCGCUGAGUGUGCACGAAAUGUCCGCAGUGCAACAAAAAGAAAAACCACCAGGAACUGUCCGUCCCCCGGGGCCUUGCGGAGGGGGAGGAGCUGCUGCUCGUCUCACUCAGUUACCUGACAUCACCGCCUCCCCCCUUCUCCGUCGUGCAUGUCCCCAGCCACACGGGCAGUGAAAGCUGAGAAGGGAAGGCAGAUGGGAGAAGCCAGUGGGAACGUCUCAGUCCUUUUUUUCCUCUUUGGGGAAUAAAAUAGGAAUCCAUUAAUGAUUGCUUUGCUGACUGAGAAUGUAGUUGAAAUUACUCCUGAACAUCUUUUAUUAUUGUUAUUACUCUCAGUAGUGAAACAUCACACUGAACUCUUCCAUACACAGACGUGCUUCUAGUCAGUGUGUAGCAAGGAAAGCCCCAUGCGCUGCUCCUGUGUGAGGCUGGCGGUGACCGGAGGGGGGACUGACCUCUUCCGCCAGGGGAGUGUUCCAGAAGGGAGAGGACAGAGGCCUCCACUUUCACCCAGAAGGUUCUGGUGGGCCCUCCUCUGGCCUGGAGACUCCAGCAGGAAGCACCCCUCUCUCUGUCGGUGCUCGAGCCCCAGUGGAGGACGCAGCGUGGGCGGUGGUGCUGGUCUGGACUAGCUGACGACUGCUGUAGGAUUUUAAAUGAACGUUUUCGAUUCCUGUACAUUUUACGGUAGCAUAGCAAGCCGUCUAUGGAAGGCAGGCUAGUCCACUCGCGGCCUGACACAUUUUAAUAGGUAGAAGCUUUCAGUGUGAUUAUUUUUCGUUUGGUUGGUUUUUGUGCCCCCAUCCUACCUACCACCCACCUCCUGCUGUCCCUACCUCCAUCCCCCUUUCUGCCCUACGCUGUGUGCUGGUAAUUGUGUUUACUCCUAAUGUGUACAACAUCUCGCCAGGGAGCAGCAGCACGGGGCCAGGAGGGGGGCCCAAAGACAGUCUGAGAGAAAGGAAGCAGUGGCGUCUGCUGAGCCCGCCGAGGGGCCGUCCGCCACGGCCUCCCAGCCUCCGCCUCCAGAGUGAGACCCAGGGCAGCACGGACACGUGUGCGUCCCGCACAGAAGAAAGCGCAACGAAGUCCCUUCUGGAAAAGGCGAAAGAAAGGAAAAUCAACUUUUAUUUGAUAUUUAUUAGAAGGAAAGAGGACUGAAAAUGUUCUUGUGUAGAAACAGAAGGACAGCAUUUCUGAUAGUUACUUCCUAGAAAAGUAAUAUUUUAAGGGGAAAUUAUGGAAACAAUCUGAUGAAUGUCCAGUUGCUGUGCUAGUGGUAGGGUCUGUUUCCUGGGAGGUCUCUCGUGUGCGUGUGCGUGUCCGUGUGCAGGUGCGCAUGCCCAGCUGCCCCCCAGGGGAGGGGCGGGGUGUGUGCGUGUGUGGGGUUAGUGUGGGACCCCAGCUGGAGAGCGGCUGCAGAGCCAAGCACAUCCAGGAGCCCGGGCGUCACUGGAGUCCGGGCAGCCCCGGCAGUGACAAGGGGCGAGGGGAACACUCACUGCUCUUGCUAGAGCGGUUGGAGUCCCGUGUGCUUACAUGAUUGCUCUUUUAGUUUGACAUGGUGUUUGGGUUUUUUGUUUUUGUUUUGUUUUUUGAAAGGUCUGAAUGGGUGAAGUCCCCCACCCAAUGGCAACAUGAAAUCCUCUGUGCUUCUCUCCAGCCCCUUCCCCGUGCCACCUCUCCCCCCAUUCCCUCCCUCCCGAGCCUCCUUCCCUGCCGCCUCCGCCCACGUCGUGUGUUUGAGCUCUGCAUUCAGGCAGCUGCGACAUUCCAGUGUUUGAACUGUCACCGGUUCUUGCGCCCUCGACAGGCUGACCAGGUUCGUCGUCUCGCUCCCCGAAGUGCCCACGUCCCACCCACAGCCCCGUUUCUGCAUGAGAAUUCGGUGUGUGGAAUGCUCCCUGACGCUCGGCGCGGGAGCCCUCGCCCUGCAGCCUUCAGCGUGGAGCAGUGGGGAGGAGAGGAGGCUCUUCACUGGAAGCUGGUUUUGUGUAGUAAACUUUCUUCUGUGCUUUGUUUCUGUUUUUGUUUUUUGUUUUGUUUCGGUCUGUCUGUGCAAGCCCUGCAGCUGCUGAAAUCGGCUUUGCCUUUAAUUAAACCACGUUCUCCAACCA